AGUAGUUUUGCAGGAAAGUCCUGAUACAAGCCUACCCUAGUGUGCUUUUGGCUGUAUAGCUCAAGACAUGACUGAACAGACAAGUGAAGUCAGUCACCUCAAGAUUCGAGCUUCCUUGCUGCUGGUGGUGUGCCUAUGGCAAUGGACACAGCAAACUCUGGCAACAGCAUGCCAGGAUGGUGAACUGAGAAUAAUCAGUAAAGGUGAGAAGAAAUGCUGCCCCAAAUGCAGCUCAAACACAGGAGAUGACAGUGUAUGUCAAAAUGUUGAGGACCAUGACUGCAAAUGUCGCCAGGGAUACAGCUGUACUGAUCGUGAAUGUUCCUACUGCAAAAAACUGCCUGAAUGUGCAGAGGGCGAGGAGCUGGUUAAGCUGGGCAUUUUAGACUUCACAUUCAAAUGUAAACCAUGUGAGAUAGGAACCUACUCUAAUGUUAAGAAUGGCUGGUGCCGUAACUGGACUGAUUGUGAAAGUUCUGGAUUUCUAACAAUCAAGCAAGGCAACAGUACACAUAAUGCAAUAUGUGAUUUCCCUGCUAAAGAUUUGGAGAAAGCUCCUAUUACAAAUGACUCUCUAUAUACCACCAUCCUGGCCAUCCUUACUGCAGUGGCUGUAUUUGUUCUCAUCUUGUUGACCUUCUUCUUGCAUUUCUGCAUAUGGUCACUGAAGAAAGAAAAAUACCACACAGCUGACGAUCUGGAACAUAACUUCCCUAGGCUGCCGGCGGCUCCACAACUGUCACACCAUAGGGAAGAGACUUACAGCUGCCAGUUUCCAGAAGAAGAACACGGAGACAAAACACCAGAAGAAAAGCCUUGUUAUUUCCACCCUCAGAGUCUACAAUGAAAACAGAGAAAUUGCAGUGUGCUGUGAGAAUGGGGAGCUGAGCUAAGCUUUUCAAAAAUAAGAAGGGAAGGGCUGGGUCUGUAAAGCAUCAUUAUAUACAUAGCAAUAAGGAAUGGGUUUCGGGGGAGUUUUGCUUUGUUUCUUCUCAACAAACCUGACAUUUAGAAACAGAAAAACUGCUAAGUCAGGAUGAAGUUUAGUUCAGCUUCAUUUCAUUAUUACAGGUUUCCUGGUUUGUUUUUUAUUUGUUGUCAUUUGUUUUUUUGUUUUGUUUUGUUUUGCUUUUCCCAUGAAUGCUCUUUUCAAAUUUGUUUGGGACCAGGGACCCUUCUUGUCAUUACUCCCCUUUGCAUCUUCUGCACGUCUCUGUGGUGCUCCACAGACUGAUACAUGUGUAGAAGGCCGUUGUCCUGCCAUCAGUCCCUUCAGGGCUGCAGAAAAUAUGGUAGUACCUAUAGGCCCCUCUGGCAGCUUUCACAGGCUAUCCUUAUUUCCAAGAUGUGUCCUAAUGCUCACAUCAAGAGAAAACGGUAUUGUGCCUACCGACCAUAUCUACCACUCUUCUUUAAGCAGAAGGUGCUUUUCACUCCUGCCAAAUUGUCCCCUUUGUUGUGCAGCAAAGAGCCAUUACUCUUAAUCCAUUAAAUACUCCCCAAUCCCAACAGAAGGUGUUGGUUAGUCUCAGUGCACAGAGGUGCCGGUGUGACACCACCAUGGCCACAUCAUUUGUGCUUGCAGAGAUUUUUCUGUGCAAAUUCUGUGAUUGCCUCAUCCCCUCCAGGAAAACUAAGGGAAGAAGGGAGUAACAUUCAUCCUCCUUUUCUAUAACUCAGCAAUCCUUGGUACCUGGAAUACUGGAGAUUACAAAAGGGAGACUUCUGAAAGGCUGAAAUGGGGAUCACGCUGUCUA